GUGACACACUGUGUUGCUCCGCUCGCGCUCAGUCUUCAUUGGCAUCUCUGUGCGCGCGGGGAAAAGCUCGUGACGGGAUUAUUAUUAUUAUUAAGAGGCGGCUGUAGAAACACAUGUAUUUCACUACCACCUGAAGGGACACGUUAAAACUCGUCAAGUUUCCUCUGGGGAAUUUGGACUUCUUGGAGAAAAGUUCGCGCGAAGUGAUAUCUUUUUUCUUUCUUUCUUCCAGUUACUUUGUUUCGCUCCCAGUGUUGGAAACGAAUUGGUGACAAAAAUGUCUCGAGACCCGGACGACGUGAACAAGCUCACUGAAAGCACUUAUAAGAAUGUGAUGGAGCAAUUCAACCCAGGACUGCGCAACAUUGUAAACCUGGGGAAGAAUUAUGAGAAAUCAGUAACAGCGAUGACGCUGGCUGGAAAGGCGUAUUUUGAUGCCGUCUCGAAGAUUGGAGAGAACGCUGCUGUGUCACCAGUCUCCAGAGAGCUGGGGGUGGUCCUGGUGGAGAUUGCUGAAACGCACAAGAAGGUUCAGAUGGAGUUGGAGCAGUCUUUCAAAAGGUUCCAAAGAGAACUCAUUGCAGAGCUGGAGAAGAAAACGGAUAUGGAUGUCAAAUACAUGACUGCCACAUUCAAAAGAUACCAGUCAGAACACAAAAUGAGGCAAGACUCGCUGGACAAAUCACACGCGGAUCUGAAGAAAUUGCGCCGAAAAAGCCAGGGGAAGCAAUCCGGCAAGUACGACAUGAGGGAAAAUGAGUAUCUGGAGACCAUUUCUUCACGGCAGACAGACAUGCAAAAGUUCAUAGCAGAUGGCUGCAGGGAGGCCCUCCUGGAGGAGAAGAGGCGGUUCUGCUUCCUGGUGGACAAACACUGUACCUUUUCCUAUCAGAUGGCAGAGUUUCAUGACAAAGCAAAGGAGAUACUCUCACUGAAGGUGCUGAGCUGGCAAAACAAGUGCAGUGAUGCCCUCCAGGUGCCAGACACUAUAGUAUCCAUGAUUGAGGGCAUGCGCACCCCAAUCUCCAACACACCCAGGUCUUCACCUCUUAUGGAGCACUUUGACAGGAAUUCUGACUCUCUGGUUCCUCCGCCAGCCCCGCCGCUGAAGGCUCAGAUCAGUCCAUUGGCAAAUAUGUUCUCACAGGAGAUCCCCAGAAGGCCCGUGUCCCCAGAGCAUUACUCAGACCAAGACAGUCUUGAUGGCAGUGUCAUGUCCAGAUCCCCAUCUAUGUCCAGUGGUAUGAGCUUAAUAAAGAAGCCACGGGUGCAGACCAUUUUCCCACACACGGCUGGCAACAACGAGUCUCUGCUGAGCUUUGAUGAUGGAGAAAUAAUCACUUUGCUGAUUCAGGAAGAGAAGGACGGUUGGCUCUAUGGGGAACUGGAGAAAAAUGGACAGAGAGGCUGGUUUCCAUCGUCAUAUUGCCGAUCUUACAGUGAGCCUAUGACCACAAACCUCAUGAAUAUGGCAGAUCUCUCUAAGCAGUCUGAAGAGGAGGAGGAGGAGGAAGAGCAGCCUGUGUUUCUGCCUCCCCCUGACUAUGGUGACUCAUCCAGGAAGCCCUCCACCCCCUCAGCACAGAACACGAUGUCGUUGUCAAAUGGCACAUCGAAACCUCCUUUUCUUGCAGGUGGGAAUCCCUUUGCCACGGUCAGGCUGCGGCCCACGGUUACAAACGACAGAUCAGCGCCAGUCAUCUAACGCCAUUCAGCAUGAGCCUUGAUGUCGGUUUGGGCCUCAUUUUCAUUAUGAUUCUUAAUUUACGGCUGUUUGGGCUGCAGUUUUGAGAUUAAAAGGGCUUAAUCAUCAGUGCUUUUAACUUCACAUUUUAAUUGCACAAGCCCAAGUUAACGUGAAGUUUCAUGGAUUUUAAUUAAUGAUCAGUUUUAUAGGUUCACCUAAAUUCCUUUAUACAAAAGCCAAAAGUGUUUUCUUAUGUUCUGUCAAUAUAACACAUUGUUUGACCAUAUUGGUCUUUGUAGCUGGUAAACCGUGACAGUUCUUUAGUGUACCUGUCUAGCCUUAUUUGUUAGAAGCCGCAGCUUGAUCGAGAUCAAGUUUCAAUAUUUAAACUGCAGAUAUGACAAUUUAUGUAGAAUGCUAGAUGAAGACACAAUAUUCUGUAUGGUAUGCAGUAACAUCUGUUCCUGUUAGCUAUAAAAACAUGACUAAUUUUUCAAUGUUGAGUGUGUUCAUGUUGGAACGAGGUAAUUAUAAAAGCACAUUUAUGUAACACGGUGGUUUAUUUCUCCCAAUUUAAAGAGAAUCCUGCCUGGUGUUGACUGUGAACCAGGGAAAACGACGACGUAGCUCAAUAUACAAUGUAAUAAACGGGUUCUGUCGGUGAUGAUUAGUUAAACUGAUGUAUCCUAAUUUUUAAUUUAACAAAUGUCAUUUAUAUAGGGAAGUGUUUUAAUCGUUGUUGGAUAUACUUUUUACUCCUGUUUUAACAUGUAUGGGGUAGCUUAAUUCUGUUGUAUUGAUUUAUUUGUGCUUAUUUUCUGUCAAACAGCACUGGAAUAAAAGAUAAAGGUUUUCAUA